AUGGCAGCAAGGAGGCGGGAGCGCGCCGUGGGUAGAAGUACAGUGCAGAGCCGGCGGCUGGGGGCUUUAGAGGCCAGCCUGUUCCCUGCAAGCUUUCAGCAGGCGGAGCCUCGCGCUUGGAGACCCGGCUUCAUGAAGUGGAGGACCAUCCUUCCACAAUGUUGUUUUAUCUUGGUUACAUGCGCACUUACUACUCUUGAAGCUGUGCCUAUAGACAUAGACAAGACAAAAGUAAAAUCUGCUCAGCCUGUGGACAGUGCAAAGAUAGAACCACCAGAUACUGGACUUUAUUAUGAUGAAUACCUCAAGCAAGUGAUUGAUGUGCUGGAAACAGAUAGUCAUUUCAGAGAAAAGCUCCAGAAAGCAGACAUAGAGGAAAUAAAGAGUGGGAGGCUAAGCAAAGAACUGGAUUUAGUAAGUCACCAUGUGAGGACAAAACUUGAUGAACUGAAAAGACAAGAAGUGGCAAGGUUAAGAAUGCUGAUUAAAGCUAAAUUAGAUUCUUUUCAAGAUACAGGUAUAGACCACCAUGCUCUUCUAAAACAAUUUGAUCAUCUAAACCACCUGAAUCCUGACAAGUUUGAAUCUACAGAUUUAGAUAUGCUGAUCAAAGCGGCUACAAGUGAUUUGGAACACUAUGAUAAGGCUCGGCAUGAAGAAUUUAAAAAAUAUGAAAUGAUGAAGGAACAUGAAAGGAGAGAGUAUUUAAAAACACUGAGUGAAGAAAAGAGAAAAGAAGAAGAAUCUAAAUUUGCAGAAAUGAAGAAAAAGCAUGAAAAUCAUCCUAAAGUUAAUCAUCCAGGAAGCAAAGAUCAGCUUAAAGAAGUAUGGGAAGAGGCUGAUGGAUUGGAUCCUAAUGACUUCGACCCCAAGACAUUUUUCAAAUUACAUGAUGUCAAUAGUGAUGGCUUCCUAGAUGAACAAGAAUUAGAAGCCCUAUUUACUAAAGAGUUGGAGAAAGUGUAUGACCCCAAAAAUGAAGAGGAUGAUAUGGUAGAAAUGGAGGAAGAAAGGCUUAGAAUGAGGGAACAUGUAAUGAAUGAGGUUGAUACUAACAAAGACCGAUUGGUGACACUAGAGGAAUUUCUAAAGGCUACAGAAAAAAAGGAAUUCUUAGAGCCGGAUAACUGGGAGACAUUGGACCAGCAACAGUUCUUCACAGAGGAAGAACUGAAGGAAUAUGAAAAUCUUAUCUCCGUACAAGAAAGUAAACUUAAGAAAAAGGCAGAUGAACUUCAGAAACAAAAAGAAGACCUACAACGUCAGCAUGACCAACUUGAGGCUCAGAAGCUGGAAUACCAUCAGGUUGUACAGCAGAUGGAACAAAAAAAAUUACAACAAAUUUCCCCAUCAGCACCUGGUGGAGAAUCAAAGAUCUAG